UGACAGUUAUCUGUUCAUCUUUUUCCUUUCUUGUGAACAUUAUCAACACCAAGAACAAAAACUGAGCUCUGCGGUCAGGUAAUGCUUAUGAACUGAGCUUGUCAUUUCAGGAUUUUAUUUUUAAGUGCGUAAAGAAUUUUAAAUUAAUUAUAUCUACUUGUAUUAAUAUGACCAGUAGUCACGUUCACCUAUCCUCAUCCUUAUCUGUGAUAUCCAACAAUGUUGAUAUCCUAGUACUCAUUUUGUGGCGUUUACCAGUAAAAUCGCUGUUUGUAUUUAAAUCCGUUUCGAAACGAUGGUAUUCGCUUAUCUCUGAUCCGAUUUUCAUUAAAGGGCAUUUCCUCGAAAUAUCAUCACGUUCAUUUCUUGGACAGUUCUUGCAUAAUCGAUUAUCAGGUCCUGAUACUCCAGAAUUUGAAUUCGUAUCGCUCAAUGAAUCAGUACCUCGUCCGUUACAUUUCCUAGCUUGUAUCAACGAUCCGUUAGGUAUACGGAUCAAUCAGUCUUGCAAUGGUCUUCUUUGUUGCAGCAGUUAUAGAGGCACAUAUGCAGAUCCAUAUUACAUUUGCAAUCCAUACACAAGACAGUAUCGUCCACUCUUUUGCGGUUCUCGUGGAGACGAACACGGUUUCAUUUCACUCUGCAGUGUCAGUUUAGCAUUCGACGUACUGAAAUCACCUCACUACAAGGUUGUCUGCAUUUGGUUGCUGAAGAAGGUUACAGAAUCUGAUGUCGAGUUUUAUCAUCAAAUCGAAAUAUACACUUCUGAAACAACCUCUUGGAAGCUCUUAGGAAAUAUUUUCCCUGCACAUGACAUAUUCCAUAAAACUGGUGUGUUCUGGCGUGGUUCAUUACAUUGGUUUGAUCCGUCGAGACAAGCAAAUUCUUUUUACUUCAAUGUUGAUCUUGAACUGCUGAUGGGAAUGCCUAAGCUACCUCCCAGAUACGAUAACGAUGAGAUGUUGUUUAAAUACUUUGGGGAGUGUAGGGGUCACCUGCAUCUUAUCCAGGUACAUGCUUCGCGCACCAGUUUCGAAAUCCUGGAGAUGAUGACCGAUUACCAGGGGUGGAAUACAAGAUAUGUUGUCAAUGUCAGUGAAUUGAUGAAUGCGUAUCCGGAGAUCACACAAGGCGUUUCAAUUCAGUUCCAACAUCUUGCAUUCUCAGUACUGCUUGUCCAGGAUGAAAAAACAAAGUCAUUAACCGAUAUUCAAAGAGCGAAAGGAACAGAUUCGUUGAUAUUGGUGUUGCAAAUACUGGAUGAGGUUGUAUAUUAUGAUCUAGAGGAAAUGCGCGUCAAGAAAAUUGUCAGACUCGCGCCCACGACAUAUUCAAGACGCCGGGACGCGUUUCAGUACAUUGAAACACUGGCUUGUGUUUGAUAAUCUACCUAGUGCAGCUUGUGCGUUCCUUUUAAAACUAACAUAAAGCUACUCUUUGAGUACCAUAAUUUGUAAUUGGAAUGUUGUUAUUGGUGUGAGCUAAUUUUAGCCAUGCUUGGAUCUUGUUUCGAUAGUUUUCACUUCCUCUGAGAGCUAUUCGUUUAAUUGUAUUUGUCAUUUUCCCGUCUUAAAAAAAGAUACUACUACUUAUUUGGUGAUAGUUUUUAUUUAGUCUUUUGGA